AUGGCGAGCCCGGGCCUGGGGCUGUUCCUCGCGCUCGGCCUGCCGCUGCUGCCGGCCUACUGGGGCCAGGUCUGGGGACAAAGUAGUUCUACUCUGUCGUCUAGUGUUGCUAUGAUAAAUGACAACAGUACCAGUACACCCACUGGCCCUGGCUCCAGUGGGGCGCUGCCCCAGGAGGCCAUCACUGCCAUCAUCAUUGUCUUCUCCAUCCUGGGUGCCCUGCUCCUGGCCGUGGUGUUGGUGCUGCUGGUGCGGAAGCUGCGAGAGAAGCGGCAGACGGAGGGCACCUACCGGCCCAGCAAUGAGGAGCAGUUGUCCCACGCAGCUGAGGCCCGGCCCCCCCAGGACUUGAAGGAGACGGUGCGGGGCUGCCUGCCCAUCUAG